AUGGCUCCCGCAUCGUCGUAUAAUCUUACUCCCCUGGAUCGUGAACUCCUCAAUAUGAAAGAUGAGGACUUCGUCCCGCACGACUGGCAGGAUCUACAAGAUAUUAUCGCCCGGAACGAUCUCGCCGCUCUAAAGCGGAAACCCUCCGAUCUGCGCCGAUACUUCGCCUGGUACGUCCAGACAAAGGCGCAGUAUAGCUCAAUUAUGAACUUUAUUUGCCUGAACCGUUUAAAGUGGCCACUUCCUGCUGAGCUCUCGGGGACUGUCCCUGCGCCAGACACUCACUCGUCAACUGAUGGGUCAGGGUCAGGGUCUGGCUCGGGCUCAGACUCCUCUCCAGCACUAGAGCAAAGUGGACCCGUGCUCACGUUCAAUAACCCGACGCCAUUUGCCGAUCCUGAGGAUUACAAGAUUCUCCGCAAUGACUGGCCUUACGGCUUAGCACCCGGCAUUUCACAUUUAGUUGUGUGGCUGCGUACCCCCAUCGCUGUCAAAUCGGGCGAAGGUCAUCUUACGGAUGAAUCUAGGGCGCUGAUCAAUGGGUUCGUCCAGCGCAAGUUUGUGCAAAGGUUGGCCGAGGAUGGGGCCGAGCGUUUUGCUGAUCCCGGUUCGCAUGUGUUGUGGUUUAAGAACUGGGUGGGAUUGCAGAGUGUUCGGGCCUUGGAACAUGUUCAUAUUUUACUUCGAGAUGUACCUGAAGAAAUCCUCACAGAGUGGUCGGAGGAACCUAGACCAGAGUAA